UCAAAGGUGUGUGCCAUGCCUAGCUGAUUUUUUUUUUUUUGUGAGAAGUCUUGUGACUUUUAAAUACAACAUAGAACUGGGGUGAGAGGUCAGUCAGUAAAAUAUUUGUGAGGAUUUGAGUUUGAUGUCCCCCAAAAGACCAAAUUUGGUGUCACUGGGGAGGUGCAGAGUCACUGGCCAGGUAGCCGGUGGUGAGUUCCAGCUAGUGAGAGAACUUACAUCAAAAUAAUAAAUAAAUAGAAAUGGGUGGAUGCUGCCUGGUCUUCCUCAGACCUUUAUACGAGCACCCGUGUGUAUAUACACGCAUGCAUUCGUGCACCAAAUAUCCAUAGGAGCACAGGUAAAUGGAAUUGUAGACAGACACUACCAUAUUUCCUUUCCUUCUACUAACUCAGUCUUGUAUUUCAAUAAGCAAAAAACGAAUACAACGUGUUCAGAAUCCUGUUGACUGGUAUUUGUUGGCACAAUUCUAUACAAGAAUUAAGUGUUUCCAACAGGUCUUGAAAAAACAAAAACUGGUUACAAGCAGCAGCCAGGCAGUAGUGGUAUACUCCUUUGAUCCCAGCAUGAGGUGGCAGAGGCAGGGAGAGCUCUGUCAGAGGGCAGCUUUAUCUAUAGAGCUAGUUACAAGACAGCCAGGGCUACACAAACAAACCCCGUCUCACAAAACCAAACCAAAGCAACCAACCAACCAACCAACCAACCAACCAAACAAGAAGUUGGCAUUGGCAUUGGGCAAUUCUGAUGUAAGUAUAGCUCUCAUCGCCUAGCGUAGGGCCGGGUAACCUGGAGAUUUCUGUGUAGAAAACCAGCAAAGACUCACUGUGUACAGCUGACGUUAUACAUGAGGUCGUGAGAACACUAUUGAACAUGGUCAGCGGUGGUCUGAGGUGGAGAAAACCUUCUCACCAGUAGGAAUAGUUCUCAAUGAUGACCUUGAACAAUGCAACUUCAUCAAACCUGAAGCAUGUUUGGCCAAUAUCACCUCAGAUCAAAUUUCAGUGCUAAAAAAGAAAGAGCUUGCUAGGCUUACCAAAUUGUACUGUGUUAAUACCCAUCGCUGGGGAGAAAUAUUGGGAACAUGGUUAAGCUGUAAUCAAGUGCUAUUUCCACAAAUUAAGACUGGUUAACAAACUGGGAGUGAUGCUCACCUCCUCUAAUCCGAAGGGAGGUGGAGUCAGGGUCAGGGUUAAAUCUCAAACCCUGCAGCAAUUGGCUGAGGUGCUUAUUUAACAUAUCAAAGGGGACCUGGCAGCUGUGUUCUUCCUGCAACCCUCAGUCCGUACCAGUAGGGCCCUCCUGGCUGCCCUAACCCUCCACCUCCUACACUGAACUUCCCAGCCCAGGCAACUGGGUUGCUCUUCCCUAUAUAAUGCAACCAAUUUGGUUGCAGGUCCCUUUUGUACGUUUGGCCUUCGGGCUUCUGCAGUUUGUCCCUUUUUCUCCCCUCUUCCACCCGCUCCCCUACUCCCUGCAUGCCCCAGCUCAGUCUCAAUCUGGUCCUGUCAACUCUAGACUCCACCGUAUCUGGGAGCAGUUAUGCCCUUCCCUCUGUAUUCCUUUUUUCACUCAGUCAAUUAUUCAAAGCUAAGGGGCUGGAGAGAUGGCUUUAAGAUUAAGAGCGCUUGCCACUUGGUCUCCCCAGUACGGUGCUGGGCAGCUCACAACAGCCUGUAUCUCCAGCUAAGGGUGAUCCAAUUCCUCCGGUAAUCUGGGGCACCUGCACAAUUGUACACACAAAUGCACACACGUACUCACAUUCCUGUAAUUAAAAAUAGAAUAAUUCAUGCUGGGUGAGGCAGUGCACUUCUUUAAUCACAGCAUUUGGGAGGCAGAGGCAGGCAGAUCUAAAAAAAGACAUCUAGACGGAGAGACUGAAUGUACAAAGCCUACUGGGUGUGGUCCUUAAGCUUUAAUACCAGCCCUAGGAACUCUAAAAGAAUUCUUUAAAAAAAGUUCAAGACUGCCUGGUGCCUAGUACUCACGCCUGUAGUCAUCCCAACAUUUAAAAGGCUGAGGCAGGUGCAUUCCUUUGAGUUCAGAACCAGACUGGUCUAAGUCGAUGGCUUCCAGGGCAGCCUGGACUAUAGUAGUACGCUGUCUCAAAAGCAAGGGGAAAAGAAAGCUCACGGCCAACCUCGAGAUCGAGGUCAACUUGUGCUACCGAACAUCUAGUUUGAAAACAUCAAAAGUCAUUGAAAAAGUGAAAAAUGAAAAAGGUGGCGAAAUGUUAAGUGUUUGCUUUACUCAAGAGAACUCAAGCAUUUCGUUGUCUGUGGGUUAGAAUCAGGACGGACAAGUAAGUGCACUUGUCACUUAAUGUCACUUAAUGUCGCGGCUGAGUCUUCACCUGAACUUGGCUGCGGAUCAGGAGUGCCUACGGAGUCCACAGCGUUAGCGGAAAACUUUUCCCGGGUCCUAAGGACCCACCCUCCUGAAGAACCUGAAGCGCAAUAUGGGCUUUCUAAUCCUCCCGGUUCCGGAGGAGAGUCCUCCUUGUCCCUGGGUCACAGAUGUCGGGUGCUCCCCAAGAGUGCAGGUUCAACCUCGCUGGCCGCUAGGGCGGGGCCCUCAUCAAACCACGCCCGCCGCACUCGCGAAGACUCCUCAGGCCGCGGUCGCCCGCAGCGUUUAGGGAUGCCAGUGAGUAGGCAUGUCACUCUCCAGGGUGCCCGCCCCCUACCCUGCCUCGUCCUCUACCCGCCCCGCCCCUCACCCUGACUGGCCCUCGCCCUGGUCCUUGGGCACCUCGCCUACCGAACGCUGAUUCUCUUGGCUGUCUUGCCUUUAUCACGCCCCGCCCAUUGGCCCGCCUCGCCCUCUGCGCGCCCCGCCUCUUGGACGCCUCCGCCUCCGCACGCCCAGCCCAUCGGCCCGCCUCGGCCUAUAAACGCCCCGCCUAUUUGACCACCCCGCCCAUUGGCCCUCCUCGCCCUCCGCACGCCCCGCCCAGUUGCCUUCCUCGCCCUCUGCACGCCCCGCCCCCGACUGCCUCGCCCUCUGCACGCCCCGCCCUCUGGGGCAGUUACCGGCUAAGGCCGCGCGCGCCUCCGCGGCUCGCCAGAGAUCCUUCAGACUGGCUGGAGCGCCGCGUCGUCGCCCGCGCCCGCUGAGGGCUCGCGGCUCGGGCGCGCCCGGCGCGUGUGGCGAGCUCCAGCCGUGCGCUGCGACGAGGCCGGGCGGCGGGCGGUUAGCGCUCCGCUCGGCGGGCGGGGAGGACGGGCACGCCGGGCGCUGCACGCCUCGGCGGGCAGGUUCCGCGUCCCAGGACCGAAGCGGGUCGGUGCCCCCGUGUGGAGAGAGGGGCGGCCGGGCUCCCUGGACCCGGACGGCCCCAGGCUGGGCAGGAGGCUGGGGCCAGGGGCCGGCCAUGUCCGCUCGCGCCCCGGUGCCCGCCGCUGCCCCCCGGGAGGACCCGCCCGCCGUGGCCGGAGACCGGGACGCGCUGUUGGCAGCGGCGAGCCGGCGGGCGGAGCAGCCGGCGCCCGGCGAGCGGGAGGGCAAAGAGGCGAGGGAGGAGCGGGCCGCGGCCGCCACCAGCGCGGGGGCGCGGGGAGAGCCGUCGCCGGCGCUCGUGCUGGGACACAGCGUGCCGCAAGCGGCCGUGCCCGUGAGGCCGCUGGCGCUGCACCUGGCGCACAAGGCGCGUGCGCCCGGGGGUCCCUUCGGCGGGGAGGCCCCGCCGCCGCCGCCGCCACCACCACCGCCGCCGCCACCGCCGCCGCCGCCAGCACCUCGGGACCCACCGGAGGACGUCCGUGAGGACCCAGCGGCAGCCGGCCUCGAGGACAAGCCGCCGCCGCUGCCAAAGGGGAACCCGUGGACCAAGAAGCUGCCUCAGCACCUGUCCCCGGUGGGCACCGGCGUGCCGCCGCCCGCUCAGGACUCCCCGGAGGCCGAGCUCAGUUCCCCCAAAAUUAUAAAAGCGGGAAAACUCAAGACAAAGAAAUCCAACAAGGCUAGUGACUUCAGUGAUAUGGCAAACUGGCCAACACCAGGUGAAUUGGUUAACACGGGGUCUCAGAGUGUUAUCAGCCAAGGAAAUAAAAAGCCACAAAUUAGAAAAGAAAAAGAAGAGAAGAUUGAAAAAAGAAGCAACAGUGAGAGCAAAGAGAACCGGGAAGCAAAACUAGAUGGUCCUAUUGAAAACGUCAGCGAGGAUGAAGCUCAGUCAAGCAGCCAGCGGAAGAGAGCUAAUAAGCACAAAUGGGUACCACUCCACUUAGAUGAUGUGAGACCAGACAGCCAGGAAAGACCUGGGUCCCGGAACAGCUCUAGAUGUCAACCUGAAGCAAAUAAACCAGCGCACAACAAUAGAAAAAGUGAUACACGAAGUUGGAGACGGGAUAGAGAAAAGAGAGAUGAUCAAGAUGAAGUAUCCAGUGUGAGAAGUGAGGGUGGUACCAUCCGAGGUUCCACUAGAGGCCGGGGAAGAGGCCGGGGCCGAGGAAGAGGCCGAGGUCGAGGAAACCCUAGAUUGAACUUUGAUUAUUCAUAUGGUUAUCGAGAGCCAGGGGAAAGGACUGAGCAGCCAUUUCCUACAGAGCUUAACACCAGCAUGAUGUAUUACUAUGAUGAUGGCACAGGUGUGCAGGUGUAUCCUGUGGAAGAAACACUGCUUAAAGAGUACAUUAAGCGCCAAAUUGAGUAUUACUUCAGCAUAGAGAACUUGGAACGGGACUUCUUUCUUCGAAGAAAGAUGGAUGAGCAGGGAUUUCUGCCCAUUUCCCUGAUUGCUGGUUUUCACCGUGUGCAGGCUCUCACCACAAACCUUAAUCUCAUCUUGGAGCCCCCCCUGUUCAAUAAAGCCCAGGCUGGGAUCCUCCUGCCUCUGUCUCCCUGGUGCUAGCACUGCAGGUCUGAGGCAUCACAAACAGCUGCUCCUGAUCUUUGACGUCUCACAGUGCCUUUGGGAUUGAUUGCUUUGUUUUGUUUCAGCCCUCCCCUGCCUUGUGUUGCUGAUCUCUGUUCUGUAGUACAGAUGUCCCUCAGCAUACCCAUGCACUAAUGGAUGACUGUGUUCCAUUUUGGAGAUUGUAAAUAAAGACUGAGGUCUCAUGUGAUUGUGUUUUCAUUUAUGCUGGGUAAAUUCUUUUGACUGUAGUUGCUAGGAUGUGUAAUAACUUGCUCUGAUUUAGUAUUAUCUACAUAGCUAAACAUUAUGAAUCAAUUUCUGUAAAAGGUAGCCAGGCUGGCCUUAAACUCACAGAAAUCCUGCCCUACCCUCCUGAGUAUUGGUAUUGCAGGUAUGAGGCUCAUGAGGUUCAAGCCUGCAGUAGGUCAGGUGACCCUUGUUCUGUAGCAUUCCAGCUGGUAACUAAGGUCACUCUGGGGUAGCGGUAGGUUAUUUGCUUCCAUCCUAAAUCUCGUGUUCUGCAUCAACUGAAUUUAUGUCUGCUCAUUUCCUUUGUCUCAGGUUCUCACAGAUGCAGAUCUUCAGCCCUAAGGGAUAGAUCUCUACAUAGAUCAUUAGUACUUGCUAUUUUAAUACGGCAAACUGACAUUUAUUUAGCAGGUCAGUGAGUGGGCAUGGUUAGCCAUGGUGUGAGGUCAAAGGACAACUUUUAGGAGCUAGUGCUCUCUCUCCUUCCACCACUGAACUCAGGCCCUCAAUGUCAGGUGUCUAUACCAGCUCAGAUAUCUCGUUAGCCCAGGGCUACUUUCUCUUCCUCCUCUUCCUUUCUUCCCUCCCUCCUUUCUUUUUCUGAAUCAGGGUUUCUCUUUGCUAUGUAGACCAGCUGGCUUUGAACUGACACAGAUCCUCCUGCCUCUGCCUCCCUGAGUGAGGGGUUAAAGGUGUGUACUCUCAUCACUUUUUUUUCCUUUAACUGUAUCAUGAAGAAAAAUGCCUAAUUGGUCAGCUAGUCAGAACUUUGGACGCCCCCAAAUAUCAGUUAAAACAGGAUCUGAUUUAGGUUAAGCUUUGGAAUUUAUAAAAGUUCCAGUUUUUUUUUUUUUUUUAGACUUUUUCAGAUUUAAGCUGCUUGAACAUUUUGCAUAUAGCUGUUCCCUUUAGAAUUUGUCUGCUUGUUUCUUUCACACAGGGUAGUAAUCCUCUAAUCCUCCUACCUCACCCUCCUUAGUGUUGAGUUUAUAGGCAUGUGCCAUUAUGCCUGGCUUUUGGUUUGCUCUAAUUGUUUUAGAAGACAUGAAUAAUGAAUAACUAAUUUCUUUUAAUUUCUACCUGUUCAUUUACUAAGGACAGAAUUGUUUUGUUUUGUCUUUUAAUUUUGGUGGUGGUGGGUCACUACCUGUCUCAAUGCUUAACAUUCCUGAAUGAAGCACACAUACAGCCUUUAUAUUUAAUAUGCCUUAAUCAGCACAAUAGCUGGCUACUGCCCAACCUCCACCACUGAUAGAAUCUACCUCCCCCCAAUAAUUCUGAGUUGAAACUUAAUAAAUUCUGUGUUCUGUCUUGGCUACUCUGGACCCAGAGGGCUGCCCAUCUUGGCCACAUUCUUCUGGCUCCUUCACACAUUCUCUCUGAUCAUCUUUACACUAUCUUGACCUCGCAAAUUUCCCUUCCCUCCUCUAGUCCCAAGCCCAGGAAUCUGCCUCCGUCUACCCUCCACAGACAUUACCAAUGACCCACUACCGGCAGGUUCCCAGAAGCUACAUGCAGACAAUGGUGUAAGCAGUUUUGGGGAUCCAAAUUAAUAUUAGAAUACAAGCAGCAUUGGGCCAAACCCAGUACACAGAAUCCAAAGUCCUGUGCAUGGACCACUAAGUGAUUCCAUAGGUUGUUUUCUACAUAAAAAAUCUAUUCCACAGGAUCUGUAACACAGUUUUUAACCUCACCUUUGGCCAGUAAUAAGUCAGUUGUUUUCUUGUUAGUAAUCAGUGUAGUUUCUUUUUGUAUACUCCUCUUGAAUUAGGGUCUUGCAUAGCACAGAUCUGACUUCAACUCAUAUCAAACUCACUAUGUAACUUGGGAAAACUUUUAAUUCUUGAUCCUUUUAUCCCUACCACCUGAGUGAGUGCUGCAUUGCAGACACAUAUCACCAUACCUGUUUUUUUUUGGGGGGGAUUACUUGUGAUAAAACUCAGGACAUCAAUCAUGUCAGGGAAGAACCCUAGGAAGUAAGCUCUAUCUUCAGCUUGUUAAUUCACUUUUUUGACAGUGGGAGUUGGAGUACAGGGUCUCAUGUAGUGCCACCUAUCCUCAAGCUCACUGUAGCCUAGAAUGACUUCGAGAACUUUGCUUACCUCUAUUUAUCUCCCACCCCCAUUUCCUGAGUUCUGUUUCUGGUCUUUUGAGACAGAGUCUUAAGCUGGCCCCAAACUUGGCACAAUCCUUUUGCCUCUGCUGCCCGAUCACUGAAAUUACAGACAUGGACCAAUAUACCUAAAGGAAUGUUCUAUUGCUAAGACUAAUUCACAGUUAGUCUUAGACGCAUUAACUAUGUUAUUACAGCCUACUAACUUGAAGCUUUGCAAUUUUUAGAUAAGAAUUUUUAAAGCAUACAACUAAGACCUUUUGCAUGUAACUUUAAUGUGUAAAUUUUCUACUGCCAGGCACUUAAGGAUAGCACAGAAGUAGAAAUUGUGGAUGAGAAAAUGAGGAAAAAGAUA